AUGUGUUCAUUGGUGAGCUUCAACUCUUCAGCCAAUCUUCUGUACAUGGGGUCAUCUUCGGGGAGCUCCGAAAGCAAUCUUUGGGUGUCCUCAUUCAGCGCCCUGAUAAUUUCGUCUCGCUGGUCUGGUGGGAUGGACAGGAAGGUCUCAAGGUCCCAGCUUCUCACUGUUCGCAUUGUGUUCAGGAUCAUGUUGUAGCGGAUGCGGCGGUUCUUCUGCUCCCAGAGGCGGCGGAGGCGAUCGAACUGAGCGCGCAGACGGGUCACAAAGUCGGAAAUUCUGGUGUCCGGUGGGGGGAUUCUGAAGACGACGGAUGGGACAACGCCUUGGCGGCCUGUUACAUCACGGACAGUCCAGUUGAGGCGGUCGUAGUUGUCCAGGAGGGUGACUUCGUCGCCUGGAAAAAUUGA